GUCUGGGAAGUCGGGUUUUCCGCGAGCAAUAGUCGCAGCCUUCUAUCCGCUCCUUACGGUUGGCCUCCACCUUCCUCGUUCUGCUAUAGGGUCUUGCAGUGGCUUCCGGACCUUUAAAGGAAUUAAAGCAGCAGGGACUGAGGCUGCGGAUACCUGAGGGACCUUUGUCUGAGGGGCAGGCUCUUACCCUGCAGGAGUCUUAGGGCCUCUAGCCUGCUCUUAACCCUUUCUUUUUACUGCUUUUAUCCCUUCUCCCGACUGUCCUUAGUCUGUAUCUCUGGCCUUAUUAAAAGGAAGUACAACAAGAUGAGGUAUACAAACGGGUGUUGGAUAACCAGAUGAGAAAGCUGAGGUCAGAAAAAUAAACUGAAAAGCCUGUUCUAGAAGAGAAGUGCAAGUAUCUGACGUCCAGACCUCAAAGCACUCUGGUAAUUUGGAGAACCUCAGUCACCCAGAAAAUUCAUAUCCCCGUUACCCGCCUCCCAUCAGGAUACAGCAGAACACCCUGUGGUCUGGAAAUGGAUGAAGAGAAUCUAGGAGAUAUGGGGAUGGAACUCCUCAUGGCUCCCAAGCUUGCCCCACCCCUCACUUGCUCCCCGACCCCAAAGAGAUAUUUCUUCCUAAAAGUGAAAUGAAUGAAAACUCACAGAAAAUGUGACUGACUUAGUUAAGUGCAUUGCUAAAACUUUAUUGUAACUCCAGUAAUGGAAAUAAUAAAAAUGACACCAGAAUCUCAUCACUUCAGCCAGACAGCAGGAUUCAAAAGGUGAAAAAAUCGACACAGCCAACAAGGUGACCAUCUGGUUGAGCACCAAUACAACCACAUCAGAAAAUACAAAUACACUGAGUUAUAUGUUCAGAGGAAGGAGAAAUUUAUCUCUGGCCGAGACAGAAGAACCUAAUGAAAUCUAAUAUGCAUUUAAUAAAAAGUGGAGCCCCUUCCAGAGAUUCGCAUCUGCCUCCACUGUUUAUUAAUUUGACAAAUAUAUGCACAUCCACAGCUAUGUAUCAGAUGUUCUCUUCGUAGUAAGUAGGAAAUAAAGUACUUCUAGAGACCUGGCAAUUAAGGACAUGGAGACCUGCUGAGGAGAGGUACUGUAAUCAAUUGGUGAUGAUCACCCUAAGAACAAACCAAGUGCAGAAGAUUAAUGAAUUGUUAGAACAGCAGGUGAGGUAAUCCCAGGUAUCAGUGUAGCACCUGGCCAGACCUCUGAGCCUAUCCCUCAGCAGGUGCACUAACACUUUAAGAAGCUGGAAACCGAGCAUUUCCUCCGCCCUGCUUGCUCCAACAUCCUGUCCCGCUCCAGGCCGGCGUCUUCACGCCCUGCAGGCCACGCCCCUGCGCUCUGGUUGGUUCUCGCAGACAUGAUGAAACUUCCCGCACGCAUUACAGGAGCUAGGCAGCUAUAAAGUGAGAGGUACGAGGAGGUUGUACCUUCCCCGCCAGCCCGCAGGCCCCAGCCCCGCCGUCUCCCGCUCACCUGCCCCAUUGGAGCCCAGAGAGCCUACAGCUCCAGCCCACCAUGUGUGGCAUUUGGGCCCUCUUUGGCAGCGAUGACUGCCUUUCUGUUCAGUGUCUGAGUGCUAUGAAGAUUGCACACAGGGGUCCAGAUGCAUUUCGUUUUGAGAAUGUCAACGGAUAUACCAACUGCUGCUUUGGAUUUCACCGGUUGGCGGUGGUUGACCAGCUGUUUGGAAUGCAGCCAAUUCGAGUGAAGAAAUAUCCUUAUUUGUGGCUCUGUUACAAUGGUGAAAUCUACAACCAUAAGAAGCUGCAACACCAUUUUGAAUUUGAAUAUCAGACAAAAGUGGAUGGUGAGAUAAUCCUUCAUCUUUAUGACAAAGGAGGAAUUGAGCAAACAGUUUGCAUGUUGGAUGGGGUGUUUGCCUUUAUUUUACUGGAUACUGCCAAUAAGAAAGUGUUCCUGGGCAGAGAUACCUAUGGAGUCAGACCUUUAUUUAAAGCCAUGACAGAAGAUGGAUUUUUGGCUGUGUGUUCAGAAGCUAAAGGUCUCGUUAACUUGAAGCACUCCAUGACUCCUUUUUUAAAAGUGGAGCCUUUUCUCCCAGGACACUAUGAAGUUUUGGAUUUAAAGCCAAAUGGCAAAGUUGCCUCAGUGGAAAUAGUAAAAUAUCAUCACUGUCGAGAUGAGCCUCUGCACACCCUGUAUGACAGCGUGGAAAAACUCUUCCCAGGUUUUGAGAUAGAAGCUGUGAAGAGCAACCUCCGGAUCCUUUUUGACAAUGCCAUUAAGAAACGUUUGAUGACAGACAGAAGGAUUGGCUGCCUUUUAUCAGGCGGCUUGGAUUCCAGUUUGGUUGCUGCCACCCUAUUGAAGCAGCUAAAAGAGGCUCAAGUACAGUACCCUCUGCAGACAUUUGCAAUUGGCAUGGAAGAUAGUCCAGAUUUACUAGCCGCUAGAAAGGUGGCAGAUCAUAUUGGGAGUGAACACCAUGAAGUCCUCUUUAACUCUGAGGAAGGCAUUCAGGUCCUGGAUGAAGUCAUAUUCUCCCUGGAAACGUACGAUAUUACAACAGUUCGUGCUUCAGUAGGUAUGUACCUGAUUUCCAAGUACAUUCGGAAGAACACGGACAGUGUGGUGAUCUUCUCUGGAGAAGGUUCAGAUGAACUUACGCAGGGUUACAUAUAUUUUCACAAGGCUCCUUCGCCUGAGAAAGCCGAGGAGGAGAGCGAGAGGCUUCUGAAGGAACUCUAUUUGUUUGAUGUUCUCCGUGCAGAUCGAACUACUGCUGCCCAUGGCCUUGAAUUGAGAGUCCCCUUCUUGGAUCAUCGGUUUUCUUCCUACUAUUUGUCUCUGCCAGCAGAGAUGAGAAUCCCCAAGAACGGGAUAGAAAAACAUCUCCUGAGAGAGACAUUUGAGGACUCCAAUCUGAUACCUAAAGAAAUUCUCUGGCGACCGAAAGAAGCCUUCAGUGAUGGAAUAACCUCAGUUAAGAAUUCCUGGUUUAGGAUUUUACAGGAAUAUAUUGAACAUCAGGUUGAUGAUGCAAUGAUGGCAACUGCAGCCCAGAAAUUUCCCUUCAAUACUCCAAAAACGAAGGAAGGCUAUUACUACCGUCAGAUCUUUGAACGCCACUACCCAGGCCGGGCCGACUGGCUGACCCAUUACUGGAUGCCCAGGUGGAUCAGUGCCUCUGAUCCUUCUGCCCGCACUCUGUCCCAUUACAAGGCUUCUGCCAAAGCUUAGGUGUGAAAGUAAACACUUCUUCUCGCUGUGCAAGUAAACACUUCUUCUCGCUGUGCAGGUAGGGGGCUUAGAGGCAGGAAGGGUCCACCAUACAGGCUUCCUUGGGUGUGAAAAAAAUUAAAGGCUUAAAUCAGAAA